AUGGCGGCCUCUGCUGCUCUCCGCUUCCACAGCCACCAUCACAACAACCCUGUGAGAGGAACAGACUACAAUCCAGAAUCCUUUGCGUCUGAGGAAAGGGAAGAAGCGAAGGGGCAGGACGUCUCAAGAGGAGGCGUCCGGCAUCGCGAUCUCUGGGGUGCCAAAAGAGGUUUUGCAGGGGAGGCUGAGGUGGGAGCAGGAAGAGUCUUUGCUGGCAGAGGCGCCCUUCGCAAGCAGCUCUCCACGGGGUUGAAAGGGCCCUCCCUGCUGGACGUUGUCCGAAGAGCAAGGGAGGCCAGGCUGGACAAUGAGAGGAACAUGGCCUCUCUGGCACUGCCAUUUCCCCAGACGAGCCUCGUCUCCAGCGCAGAGCAAGCGGAAGAGCCCAGGACGCCACAAUAUCAGAUCUCAGACGGAACAGGGGCUGCCAUUUUGGACACCAGCUCAGGAAACUUGAGGAGGAAACACUUCUGCCCAGAGAGUGGCCAGUGCUUUGCCUUCAGAUUGGCUCUUGCUAGACACCAGAGAAUCCACACAGGGGAGAAGAUCCAGGAAAGCUCUGAGCAUGGGGAAUGUUUUGGUCAGAGUUCAGAGCUUGUGAGCCCUUUGGAAACCCCUAUGUCUUUGGAGUUCAGGAAGGUUCUUGCUCAUCAGCCCAUCGUUCUGAUCCACCGGAACGUCCAUGCAGGAGGAGAUAAGUCAUAUCGCUGCUUGGAGUGUGGGGAAGGUUUUUCCCAACUCUCAGAUUUUGUGAAACAUGAAAGAGGCCACACAGGAGAGAAACCCCGCAAAUAUGCCGAGAGUAGGAUCGGGUUCCCCAAGAGAUCACAGCUUCAUGGACACCAUAAAGUCCACACAGGAGAGAAGCCCCACAAAUGCAGUGUGUGUGGGUUAUGCUUUUCUGUUAGGUCAAAACUUGUUACCCAUCAGCGAACCCACACUGGAGAAAAACCCUAUAAAUGCCCAGAGUGUGGAAAAUCAUUUGCUCACAAAUCAGUCCUUGUGGUCCAUCAGAGACUCCACACAGGAGAAAAACCCUAUAAAUGCCCAGAGUGUGGGAAAUCAUUUGCUCAAAAGUCAGGCCUUGUGGUCCAUUGGAGGCUCCACACAGGAGAGAAGCCCUAUGAAUGCUGGGAGUGUGGGAAAUGUUUUCCUCAAAACACACAUCUUUGGAGCCAUCGGUUGGUUCACACAGGGGAGAAACGAUAUAAAUGCUUUGAAUGUGGAAAAAAGUUUACUUUCCAUUCCAGCCUUGCAACCCAUCAGAAAACCCACACAGGAGAAAGGCCCCAUAAGUGUCUAGAGUGUGGCAAAUGUUUCCCCACAAAUAGAAGUCUCAGGCGACACCAGAGAAUCCACACAGGAGAGAAACCCUAUGAAUGUAGAGAAUGUGGCAAAUGUUUUCAUGAGAAAGGUGAACUUCUGAGCCAUCAGACUGUGCACACCGGGGAGAGGCCUCAUAAAUGUGUGGAGUGUGGGAAAUGUUUUCUUGUACCAUCACAUCUUGCAAUCCACCAGAGAAUCCAUACAGGAGAGAAACCCUACAAAUGCAUGGAAUGUGGAAAAUGCUUUUCCCAGAAACAACACCUCAAGCAGCACGAAAAAAUCCACACUGGGGAGAAACCCUACAAAUGCGUGCAGUGUGAAAAAUGUUUUACCAGCAAAUCACACCUUCAUGUACACCAGAGAAUCCACACAGGAGUGAGACCAUAUGAAUGUGGAGAGUGUGGGAAAUGUUUUUCCUCUUCAUCACAUCUUAUUAUUCAUAAGAGAGUCCACACAGGAGAAAAGCCACAUAAAUGUUUAGACUGUGGAAUGUCAUUUACUUUAGCACAUAGUCUUAGGGGGCACCAGAGGAUCCACACAGGAGAGAAACCCCACAAAUGCUUGGAGUGUGGGAAAUGUUUUUCAAGAAGAGACACCCUUGUCUCCCAUCAGAGGAUCCACAUAGGAGAGAAACCCUAUAAAUGCUUGGAGUGUGAGAAAUCAUUUCCUCAGAAGUCACCCCUUGUGAUCCAUCAGAGGAUCCACACAGGAGAGAAACCCUAUAAAUGCUUGGAGUGUGAGAAAUCAUUUCCUCAGAAGUCACACCUUGUGAUCCACCAGAGGAUCCACACAGGAGAGAAACCCUAUAAAUGCUUGGAGUGUGAGAAAUCAUUUCCUCAGAAGUCACCCCUUGUGAUCCACCAGAGGAUCCACACAGGAGAGAAACCCUAUAAAUGCUUGGAGUGUGAGAAAUCAUUUCCUCGGAAGUCACGCCUUGUGAUCCACCAGAGGAUCCACACAGGAGAGAAACCUUACAGGUGCUUGGAGUGUGGGAAAUGUUUUUCUCAGUCACAAUAUCUUCACAAACACCAGAAAGUCCACAGAGGAGGAGAACUUCCCAAUGUGUAGAGUGUGGGAAAUGUUGAAGGUGGAAACCUUCAAAGACUCCAUGUGGAAUAAAGAGCAUAUAAAUGUUGGGAGUGUGGGGAAUAUUUUGAUCAGUGGUCAGCCCUCGUGGCACACCAGAGUGUCCAUCCCAAAAG